GAGAUAGUAUAGGAAGCUUUUCAAGGCGUAGUGUCGAAGUGAGAGUGUCUAAUGAGACUAGUAAAUCUCACGGUGCAUUGGUUACUUGAGACACAUGAUCAAGAAGAUCUUGUUGUAAUCAAGAACACUCGUUGGGUUAAUUUGCCAGCUGAGGUGCUACGUGAUGUGAUGAAAAAGUUGGAUGAAAGCGAGAGCACGUGGCCUGAUCGUAAACAAGUUGUUGCUUGUGCUGGUGUCUGCAAGACAUGGAGAUUAAUGUGUAAAGAUAUUGUGAAAAGUCCUGAGUUCUCAGGCAAACUCACGUUUCCUGUUUCCUUAAAACAGCCUGGGCCUAGGGACGGAACCAUACAAUGCUUCAUCAAAAGGGACAAGUCUAAUAUGACUUACCACCUUUACCUUUCUCUUAGUCCUUGUAAGUUAUUCGUCUUUGUCGAUGUUACUAAACCUCUGCUUCAGUACAUGCUGUCUGAUCACUUGAACUCAAAAUGUAGUGGAACACCCUUACUUGUUGAAAGUGGAAAGUUUCUUCUCUCGGCAAAGCGCACCCGAAGAGCUACAUACAUAGAGUACGUGAUAUCGAUGGAUGCUGAUAACAUUUCGCAGUCAAGCAGCAGUUACAUUGGCAAAAUGAGGUCUAACUUUCUAGGGACAAAAUUCGUAAUAUACGAUACAGCGCCUGCGCACAACGGUUGCCAAAUAAUGUCCUCACCAAGCCGGAGUCGUAGGUUCAGCUCCAAGAAAGUCUCUCCCAAAGUCCCCUCUGGAAGUUACAACAUUGCCCAAGUUACAUAUGAACUGAACUUGCUUGGAACCCGUGGACCUCGCAAGAUGCACUGCAUUAUGCAUUCUAUUCGUGCUUUAGCUCUAGGCCAACCUGAGCUUCUUCAACACUCCUUUGAUGAAUCUUUCGGCAGCAUUGGUUCCUCAAAGAUAAUCGACCACUCGGGGGAUUUUAGCAGCGCCCGGUUCUCUGACAUUGUUGGAUCGCAAGAGGAAGAAGGAAAGGAACGAACUUUGGUGCUUAAAAACAAACCGCCGAGGUGGCAUGGAAAGCUGCGGUGCUGGUGCCUUCACUUCAGAGGGAGAGUGACAGUUGCUUCCGUCAAGAACUUCCAAUUGAUGUCCGCUGCAACGGUUCAAUCUGGUCCAGAUAGUGGUGCUGGAGCAUUGACCACGAAGCCAUCGGCAUCGGCACUGGCACCGCAGCCCGGGCCAUCAGACCAUGAUUUGAUAAUACUACGUACAGUUUGGGAAAGUGGACAAGGAUAUGUUCACUAUGGACUAUCGUUAUCCUCUCUCUGCCUUUCAAGCCUUUGCUAUUUGCUUGAGCAGCUUUGACACUAAACUGGCAUGUGAAUGAAAGUAGAAAGACCAA